CAUAGCGCGCAGCAUGAAUGCAGCGCGGCAAAGAGGAUGUGCGAGCAAGCAGCGCGCUACUGCAGGGACGGUGUCCACAAGCUGCUCCAUAAGGACCAAGCGAAGCUGCGGGCGCAGGACAGCAGCGAGCAGACUAGAUCCCCCGCGCAGAACAGCGAGACCGCGACGGCCGCGCAGCCCGGGAACGGCGGCUCACAGCCCGGCGCCAUAGACGGGCUCGUGCGCUGGAUCGUCACCAAGAUGAGCGACAACAAGAGCAUCUCGACGCGCGAGUACGGCAAAGAGGAAGCGGCCGUGGCGCAAGAACAAUUCUUCGCUCCGGAGCCGCGCAAAGGCAUUUCAGUUAUCCUAGACAUAUUCCGGAGAGCUGAUAAGGAUGAUGAUGGAAAGCUUUCCCUGGAUGAGUUCCAGGCCUUCUUCUCUGACGGGACUCUGAAUGAAGAGGAAUUGGAGAAUCUUUUCCACACCAUUGAUUCUGAUAAUACCAGUAAUGUUGACACUAAGGAACUUUGUGACUACUUUGCCAAACACAUGGGAGACUAUGAAGGUGUGCUUGCAUCCCUGGAGACACUCAACCUUUCCAUCCUCAAAGCCAUGGAUUUCACCAAAAAGGUGUAUGAAAGAGGAACUAAUAUUGAGCAGUUUGUGACUCGCUUCCUGUUGAAGGAAUCAGCCAAUCAAAUCCAGUCAUUGCUCAACUCUGUGGAGAGUGCGGUGGAUGCUAUUGAUGAACAGCAUUGCCCACCAGGAUCUUACCACAGCAAGGCCAGUCCACGUGCUCCUGAAAGGCAUCAUGAAGCACCAGUGCCAGACUACCCACCCAAUAACAGAGUUAGUGCCAAGGACAGCAUGAGGAAUCUGAAUGUGGGCUCAGGUCCUGUUGAGGUAAGGAAAGAAGGCCUGGAAAUGCAGAUCAACCGUCUGGCUGAGCUGAUUGGACGUCUGGAGAACAAGACAGUCUGGUUUGACCUGCAUCAGCGGCUAACUGACACUGAUGGGACAGCUAGUGCAUCCCUCUACCUGAUUCGUCAGGAGAUGAAGGUAUCCCAGAAGCAGCUGGGAGAGUUUUGUGAAGCUCUAAAGCAGUAUCUGAAGAAUGUCUCUGCCCAGAGGGACUGUUUCCAUGUGACUGCAGUGCGGCUUCCUGAUGGCCUCUCUUUCGUUAUGUAUGAGUUCUGGGAUGGAGAGGAAGAAUGGAAAAGACACCUCCAGAGUGCAGCCUGCAAGGCCUUCCAGCAUGUGAAAGUGGACACAUUGUGCCAGCCGGAGGUCAUGUCCACUGUGGCUGUGCCAGCCGCCUGGUGCAGCCAUAGCCGAGACUGAAUGGAACAGAGCCAGUUGGACGGCCAGGGUAGAGGGCCACGUCUUACACCUGAAUAGCCACGCGCCUUCCCUUCAUAUAUACCCCUCUUCUUAAGCCUCUAUAUCUCCCAUGAUCUUUCAAAGUUCCCUCUAUCUCUGCUUCUCUUUCUCACUCUCUCUUUGUAACUACUGUUUACAUGUUGGUUUGACUACAAGGAGUGUAAAACAUCAUAGAAGUCCUCCUUAAAGCUGUUGAGGUUGCUUUAAGGAAGAGUGUGUAAUACUCUCUGGAUUGUUUUAUGGCUUCUCGGUGGGUCAUAUGAGUGGAAAGAUAAAUAUACCUAUUAAUAGUCUCUGGUUCCAAUAAUGAUUACAAUAACAUGAGUGAUUUUAAUAUCUGUUUGAUUAACUGCAAAUGCAUUGUAGGUCCAUAGCCUGCGCUUGCUUUUCCAGCAAUUGAGGGUUUUAACACGUUAUGGACCUGCAGUUUCAGACGGCAGUAUUAAACGUCCUCAAGCAACCAGAGACCCAGAGCAACAUCAUCACGUAAAUGAAAGAAUGUAAAAUAAAUGUUUACCUAAAUGAAGUUUACAGUUCUAGACAAAAUCUGACAUGCUGAGAGAAAUCAGUCUUUGAAAUAUUUAAGCUUAAAUCAGAACUAUAUGGAUUGUUUAUUGAUAGUAAAUAUAUCGGUUGUGAAACAUUUAUAUUGAGUGGAAUGAAAUCAUGUCCUGUAACACUUAAUUCUCAUCAAUCUUUUGUUGUGAAUUUCAUAAGCUAAUUUAGUGAACAGUUCACUGUUUGAAAAGAGACUUAAAAUGAUUUGAAAAUGAACUGUUAAUCCUUAGUGAAUUACAUAACAAUCAAACUCUCACCACCGCUAACCAAACAGUCUCAUUACUUAUUAUGGCAUGUAGGUUUGAUGUACUUGUGAAUGGAAAUUGUCAAAUUGCUUGUUGGCUCCUGUAUGAUGUGAACUGGUCCAAACCGAGGUGAAGCAAACAUCCACAACUCUGUGGAACAUUCUUAGGCGUUUUCCUUCCCCAUGAAACUUGGCUUCACUUUUCCCUUCCCUCACAUGAGUGCAUGUUCUAAUGAAUGUCCAGUAUCUUGCUGUAGUAUUUAGAUAUGCUACUUUCAAUGGAUUUUGUGCAUUUCUUAAUUUUAUAUUACUUAAAUUAGUAUCACCUGAACUGAAAACAUGAACACUAUAAGAAAUGAAGAAUGAACAGGCACUUUUAUGGCAUUGUUUAACGAAACACUAAUUCUGAUAACUGUGUAUGUUUCCGUAAAAAUAGCUUUCUCUCUUAAACUUGAUUGUAGAGACUUAUUGCAGGGAUGCAAAUAUUAUAUUUGUCUUAACUUUGUUAAUCUAGAUUAUGUAGUGAUGUAAUUCUACAGAAUUAAAGGUCUAACAUGAA